GUGUGCGGCCGCGGGUGUUCCUUCGCUGGCCUCCGGGCCGCGGGUGGACUCAGGGAGCGCUGCGGCCGGUCGGCGGUGAGGGUGUGAGUUACAAUUUGGAUAUGAAAUCACUUUUCUAGCCCACCUCAGAGAAGACUGUUGUUGACACACUACUUGGAAUGGUUCCAAUAGCCUACCUUGCAAAACGCUUCAGAUUCGAAGAAUUUCCUGUGUAAAAAUAAAAAGGGAGGUAUCAGAGUUUCCCAUUUAGAUCAACAACUUCAAAUUCUUACCAUGGAAAAUUCGGAGAAGACAGAAGUGGUUCUCCUUGCUUGUGGCUCCUUUAAUCCUAUCACCAAUAUGCACCUCAGGUUAUUUGAGCUGGCCAAGGACUACAUGAAUGGAACAGGAAAAUAUAGAGUUAUCAAAGGCAUAAUUUCUCCUGUUGGUGAUGCAUAUAAGAAGAAAGGACUUAUCCCUGCUCAUCAUCGAAUUAUCAUGGCAGAACUUGCCACCAAGAAUUCAAAAUGGGUGGAAGUUGAUACAUGGGAAAGUCUUCAGAAGGAGUGGACAGAGACUGCUAAGGUGCUAAGACACCAUCAAGAGAAACUGGAGGCUAGUAACUGUGAUCACCUGCAGAACUCACCUGUGCUAGAAAGGCCUGGACGGAAGAGGAAGUGGACUGAACAAAGACAAGAUUCUAGUAAAAAAAAAUCCACAGAGCCAAAAACAAAAGGUGUGCCAAAGGUAAAGUUGCUGUGCGGGUCAGAUUUGUUGGAGUCUUUCGGUGUUCCCAAUCUGUGGAAGAGUGAGGAUAUUAACCAAAUUGUGGCAGACCAUGGGGUCAUAUGCAUUACUCGGGCUGGAAAUGAUGCUCAGAAAUUCAUCUAUGAGUCUGAUGUGCUCUGGAAACACCGGAGCAACAUUCACCUGGUGAACGAAUGGAUCACUAACGACAUCUCAUCCACGAAGAUCCGGAGAGCCCUCCAAAGGGGCCAGAGCAUUCGCUACUUAGUACCAGAUCUUGUCCAAGAAUAUAUUGAAACGCAUAAUUUGUACACCUCUGAGAGUGAAAACAGGAAUGUUGGGGUUAUCCUGGCUCCUUUGCAGAGAAAUACUGCAGCAGCUAAGUCAUAGACAUUCUAUAGCAUGAUAUUGUGGACUUCGCUUUUGGGGAUUUGAAACAAUCUGGGUGUUAGUCACUGGGGAAAGGAAUUGUGAUCUUGUUUCAUAAACUAAAGCUUGACGGUUUGGUAAAAAUCAGUAGUAAAUUAAAAUCAGGUUUGUUUUUUCCUUUUUAUCAGAAAUUAAGAUGAAUGUUUUUAGUAUGGUCUUUUUUUUUUUUUUUUUUUUUUUAAGAAUGUAAAGAUCCCUAUAUCUUUAAAACAAGAGAUUAGCAGCACAUUAAAACCAGAAUUUUCAAUGAAACUAACUGCAAAUAGGAAGUCAAAAAGGACAUCCUGACUCUACCACAUAAGAGAGGUGAAGUGUGAAGAGCAAGAGUCCAUUUAAAAUCCUAACUUUAAUAUGUAUAUUAAAAUGUACUUUAAAAAUAAACAAAUAACUCUGACUUUAAUUAUGAAGGGAACUGACAUUUUUGCAUGCCUGUUGCUGGGCAGUCUUCACCCAGGAUGGACAAAGGAAGGAAUUCUUAAAAUAAUCAUCUUGUACAAUGCACCACUGAUCAGUCAUCUCCAGGUAUGCAAAAUAGAGGUUGUGAAUAUGUCUGGCAGAAACAUUAUGCCAAGUUAGUUCUCUCUGGCACAUGUCAGAAUGGCUGAUUAAGCUUCACCAAGACACACCUGCCUGGAGCUCCACCUUUGGAAGUAGAAAGUAGGGUCCAAGCCCUCAAAUGUUUAGAAAGGUGUACAGGUAUUUCUGAUGGCCACGGAGGUAGAGAGCUGCUACCUUACACAUGCUGUACAUUCUUUCAGCACAGCCUGUUGAGGAUCAUGUUGAGUCCUGGCCAUUUGACAUCUUUUUAUCUACAGGAACAGCUUCAGAGACUUACGUCAUGCUACCUUAACAAGAGAAGCACAGAGAGUGAGGGGUCUCAUUCAAGGAUUUUUUUUUUUUUUUUUUUUUUGUCUUUUUUGUGACCGGCUGGACCGCGCCAGCCAGUGAGCACACCGGCCAUUCCUAUAUAGGAUCCGAACCCGCGGCGGGAGUGUCACCUCGCUCCCAGUGCCGCACUCUCUCGAGUGCACCACGGGCUCAGCCCUCAUUCAAGGAUUUUGAAAGGGUAAAAAGGUAUAAGCCUUUCUUGGUAGCUUAAUCAAAAGAUGAAUGGAGACCCUAAGAACAUGAGAAAUGCCACACGGGUUGGCCCAGCAGUUCCUCCAGCCCAGAAUUUUGGGUACUGAUGAAUGUCUUGUGGAAGAAAAUUCUGUCAGCUCAGUCUAGAGCUCUGGAGUUUCUGAAGGGCUCUGCCAUUUCUUUCCCAGCCCACUGUGAAUCUACCGUUUGUGAAUUUAAGCAGGAAAGGAGUCUGUUUUUUAACACUUUUUCUCUUGUUUUUUUUGUAUGAAGUUUAACCAAAGUAGAACUCUCAAAUAAUAAUUAAAGUCAUAGCUUUAUGUUAAAAACACAAGCUUGUUAUAUGGUUUGCUACUGAUUAAAAGUUUGUGGAAAUUCGCCACCACACAUUGGUAAAGCAAAAAGACCAGAAAUAACUUUUUAUAGAAUAGUUUUAUGGUUCAUGAAAACUGUUCUAUGAUAGAAAUCGGAGUAAGUUAAUUUCUUUUUUCUUUUUCUUUUCUUUUCUUUUUUUUUUUUUUGGCAUCUGGCCGGUUUGAGGAUCCAAACCCGUGACCUAGGUGUUAUAAGGCUGCCUUCUAACCAACUGAGAUAACUGACCAGCCCCUAAAGUUAAUUUCUAAUGAAAAUAGAAUAAUUUACCUUUUUAGCAAUUUAUAUUUUAUACCUACACCACUCUAAAUGAAGGGUUUAUAACACCGCAGAAGAAAAAGAAACUGCUUGUAGUUGUGCAAUUGUAUAGUCAGAUCUGAAUCUACCGUUUGAAAAAGGAAAAUUUAAGUAAAGUUGGCAAAGGCAUGUUCUACAGCUCCCAAUGUAUUCUUACUAAAGCUUUGAGGUCAACUCUCAAAGACAGGGAGGGUGCAAACCUUGGCACCCAGUAGGUUUCAUCUGAAUGAAUGACAGGUUAGAUUCUCAAAUCAUAGACAUGAGGGUCAUUUUCCCUUCCUUUGCUUUUUGGAGUUUAAGAGUUGAAGCAAAACUGAAAAAUAACAAUCUAGAAGGGGAUGAAACUAUUGAACUUGUGAUUUCUUCUGGAAAAUGACACCUAGUUCAUCUAAGCUUUGUGUGAACUGCAGAAAGGUUUUGAUGCUGGAAACUUCUGUCAUACUAUAGUGCCUUCCUACUUAGAAGUGCUCAUACCCUGCUCAGCUGUGACUAUAUUGACCUCAUGACCCACUGGUUAUGGCACGUGGGGACCCUCCCAGGAGACCUGAUAAUGGUGAAAUGAUCCUAUUGUUAUAGUGUUUAUAGAUCAACAACUUUGUACAUUGAACGAGUUGCUUGGCUUUUUGUCCCAGUACGGAGGAUGCUGCUGAUGCCACAGCAUAAUAGCAUUGUUUUGGGUGUCCUCAAGGACAUGACUUCCUCUUUGCAUAAUGGAAAUUAGAACAAUGAACUUCACACACACAAAAAAGAUACAAAAAUAGAACAAUGAACUUCACAGGGGAAUAAAUAUUAAUGAUUGUUGUGACUUCCUUUAAGGAAAAAAAAAUAUGCCAUUGUUUGUUCUCUAUAUCUUUUUCAUAAUUUGCUUUUGUAAUGUAAUGUGAAUUUAGGCUUUAGGCAAUGUGUGAUGCUGGUGUUUUAUUUUUUUGAUGCUGGUGGUUUUUUAAGUUUAUUGAAUCAAAAUCGAUUAUACAUAUUUUGGGGGUUGAACAUGGAGAUAUGUUGAUUAAAUCAAUACUA